CAUAGAUCCAACCCAUAUACGUAUAUGAUCCAACCAGGAUCCAACCUGGAUCCAACAUCCAACAAUCUAACCCCAUUUUUGUGUUUUUCUAACAAGUGUGCUAACAAGUUAUUUACCAGUGCAUCAGCCGUAUAUAUUUUAUUAUUUUGAGAUCUGUUUUUAGUACCGAUUUAAAUUUGAAUUUCCUUAGAUAUUACACCACCAAAGGAAAAUAAUAUCAAGUGGAUAAUACAAUACAAAAGCUAUGAGAAUUUCAAAUAUCUUUUUAAGUAGAAUAGGAAAAUGGUCAAAGAGGUAUUCAAAUUUACCAGAUCGAUACAUACAAAGAGCAAUGGAACAAGUGUACUGGAGAAACCCUAAAGGCAUCCAAUAUAAACCAAACGCAGUCGUUCAAAAAAAGAAAUUUAAUUUUGGCGUACAAAGACCUUGGUCUGGUCAAUUUAAAAAUGAAAAUGGGCCCAGGGAUGUACCAGCUAAAGUUUUUCUGGAACCUAUAAAAGAAUGGAGCUUUUUCCGAGGUGAUAGAGUCGAAAUUUUAGUUGGUAAAGACAAAGGAAAGCAGGGGUUUGUUAAACAAAUCUUUGAGGAAAGAAACUGGGUUAUUGUUGAAGGAUUAAAUUGUGAAUUGAAACAAAUUGGACAGAGUAAGCAGAGACAGUUUGAUGGUGUAUGGAUACAGGAGGAACAACCUCUGUUGGUUACUAACGAAAUAGCUUUGGUUGAUCCAUCAGAUUUGACUUCUACUUCAAUAGAAUGGAGGUUUACAGAGGAAGGUGAGCGAGUCCGGGUAUCAACAAGAACUGGCAGAAUAAUUCCUAUGCCAGCUAGUAAUGAUGAAACUGUUGAUUAUAAAUCAAAAGCUGUAUAUAAGGAGCAACCCAAAGACACAACCUCAGAUGCUGUUACUGAAGUCACAUAUGAACCCAAAUUGUGUACAUUUGAAAUGGAUAUAAUGGAUAAAAUGGGCAUUAAAGAAGACAGAAUACCCCUUAAGACAUAUUGGUAUUAGAUGUUAAUUAUAAAUAUAGUAACUUAUUUUUAUAUUUUUUUUGUUUAGUUUAUUAUUAAAUGGUAUCUAUUUGUGAUACCAAAUGUGA